UUCACGUUGUCACGGAUAUUCAUGUUUACAUGGACGCGUUGAUAUCGGCCAGCGAGCAUGGCGCCGACCAAUUGGGACAAUCAGAUAGACCUCACCGCAGAUUCCGACGACGAUAGUGGCCCGUUGGAUGCGUUGCUAUCUCCCCAAAAGUUGGCGCCUCAACCGCUCCCUCAGAACGUGAGGCACUUGUACCGCCCUCCUGCUCCAGCGUCGAAACCCAAACAAUCGAACGUACCGUUACCCGGCAGCCAGCGUCGUGACAUCCCGCCCUCGAUAUCACCUCUUGUAAAGCCCUCGCAUGGGCCGUUGCUGAAUGGGGCCACUCAUGCCAUCACACCUCCUUCCGAUUCUACCAGACGGGAGAGUGCUGGAGGCUUUGCUUCUGCCUCGGUCGACGGGCGUCGCAAUGGAACGGAAUAUGUGCCCGUAUUCGCUGCAGCACAUCAAGGCAACAUGGCCGGCUUUACGUCGGGACAACAAGCUGAGAAGAGGAGGAAGCUAUCCGUACCAGGAAAGAGCACACCGGCAAAUGCGCAUUCUAGGAGUGGGUCUGGCGCAUCUACGAACAGCAAUGCGCAGAAUGAUCGAAGAAAGCAAGCAAAUGGCCCAAGUGGCUUCAGCGCUUUUCGGACCGACGGACGCACGCUGGUCAAUCUCAAGAACAAGACGCCUUCAGUUCACUCCCUCAACACGGCCCUCAAGGAGACUAGUACCAAGAUCCCGUUUGCUGCGGACAUACUAUCCGCUCAGCCACGGGCGCUACAUAUUGGGAGAGAGCCAGAUGAAAGGGAUGGCUCGAUUUCUGCCACUCCUGUAGCCACGUCUAGUGCUCCGAGUGCUGCGCCUGCUAGACCGGCGAUGACAAAAUCCGAACCUGUUGGUGUCGAAGAGAUGAUAGUAGAGCGGGAAGAGAGGGGAUUUACGCCAGGAGAUCUCACCAUCCGGCCGUCGUCCGUGAAGAAAGCUCCCGCUCUGAUUGAACAGAAGCCUUACAGUCCAUCCCUUCCUGUCCCAGAGCCGCGCAAGUCUUCUUCUAUCAGGACAGGCUCCAAAUCGGCACCACUUACUUUUUCAGGGCCAAUUUCCUCGCCCAACUUUAACGAUCGGGGUAGCGUGAUUUCCGACACGGUGAUUCGCGAACGAGAUAAGCACAUGCCAGGAUCGCACCCUCUGAACAACUUGCAACGGCAGCCUAGCAUGUCCCCGACCGCUGAACACCAGACUAGCCGGAAGAAGUACACACUUCAAUUUUCGGAUGAGGAGAGUCAUCUUUUGAUCUUUCUAAAGGAAGUCAAGAGGCUGGCGUGGAAGAAUAUCACCAAAGAAUUCACCAAACACUUCUCGGGACGAAGUUACCCUGCUCUUCAAGGACAUUACUCUACCAAGCUCAACAAGCGAGAUAGAUCUCAGGAUCCCCCAACUCUUAAGCUACCCCCUUGUUUCGCUCACGAAGCAGCCAUUGACUGGGCUACCGUCCAUGCAGAAAAUCCAGGGCCAAGAGGAAUGCGUUCUUUAAAUCAGGAGGCCUCUGCUCUUCAGCAUCAAUUCCGCCAUCACCAGCUUCAGCAACAAGCGUGGACAAAGCCUAUCAUCGACACAGUCCAGGACUAUUCUUCCGGGGCUGAAUCCGCACACCGCCGGGAGCGUCCUCGCCGUGCUGUGCCCGUCAAGGACUACACUUGGCCGAGACGGCAUAGGCAAUCGCAAGCCGCUGACGAGGUAGAGGAAGACGAAUUCGGCUUCCCCGAGCUCGCAGAAGCGGACACUCGGCUUACAUCGGAUGAGCCGCCGGAGCUGCAGCCUGCACCAGAGAAAGCAAUACCUGUCGAUAAUGAGCCGAUCAAUAUGGCUUUCGACGACAAGGACGCGGUCCUCGCGAUUUCUGCUCAGAAGGGCCAGCUUACUUCCUCCGGUGGGAGGCUACCAUAUUUGCCUGCAUCGCAACGCUUGCCGAUUGCCAACACGCCAAUUCAAUAUGAAUGGGAUCAACUCUGUAGUCGGGACUGGCAGGGGACUCUUAUUCAUGUUGGCUUUGCUACAGCUGAGCUGGACGUGGUAGAGCGAGCCCUCGCUAAGACUUUGAAUUCUCCUCACGCAAUGAGGCUUACCAGUCGUCGAAAGACAUUGCAGAGAUUAAUGAGAGGCCUGACAGAACCAAAACUUCUCCAACUCACGGCCCUUCUAAGAUACGAACUGCCAAACCGGGACCAGAAGAGCAUCGAUGGUUUUCUGGAGGACGCCAGAGAAGGCAAAAUUCGCGCCACUUCUCAAAGAAUUGAAAGACUAGCUGCAGCUAGGCCGAAUAGGGUUUUCAGCUCCGAGCCAAAGAUUUCUACGUCGUCUAUGAUCCGGCAGCGAGAGUUGGGUAUUCAGUCGAGGAGAGGGUGGAAUGCGGCUUCAAAGCCGCUAUCUUACGUCUUGAAGAAUAGGCUCCUAGACUCGCUUGGCCCUGCCUACUCGUACACUGGAGCUUCCAGCGAUGUUCAUGCCGUCGCCUGGUCUGUUGAUGGCCAAUGUUUCGCCGCCGGCGCAAUAUGUGUUGAUGAUCCACAUUCAAUGCAAUACAAUAGGCCGAACAACCUAUUGUACGGCGACGUUUCGUACAAGUCUAUUCACGAACUCGGAGAGCAUAGCGUCGACCGUCCUAGGACCGAGUCUGGACCCAACUCCACCCAUGCCAUGUACGCUUCUCAGGAUCCGAAGCUAUACAAAACUAUUUCCUCGGUCGCUUUUUCUCCCAACGGAAAAUUUAUGUUUUCCGCGGGUUACGACGAGUACGUCUGCAUGUGGAAGGCCACAACAGAUGGCUCGCAACCUGAGCUUAUCACAGCGAUGAGGCAUAAAGCUGAGGUUGACAUCCUCUCUGUCAGCUGUCAUGGCAUACUAGCGACAGCGUCGAAGAAAUGGAGCAGCAAUGCGGUAAAGGUACUCGCCAUCGAUGAAGAAAAUCCCACUAGUUUUCAAAGACUGGACUUCGCCUCACAAAAGGCUGCGACGCGACCUGACCUCAGCAUCCUUCCUACCGCGCUUCAAUUCGAGCCAAAUGCUGGGCGACUGCUACUUGCCGGAUUUGGGGCGAAUGUUCGACACGAUGGACGAGACACAAACGGAGAUAUAUGCUUAUGGGACGUUCAGACUCAACAACAAUUAAGUGUUCAUGGCUCAUCGAAGAACGUAUUCGAUGUUGCAUUCAAUAAGAAUCAGCGUCAGAUGCCGUGGUUCGCUGUGGGAUGCGUCGCAGGGCAGCAUGUCAAUAGAGGCACACGUUCCAUUGUCCGGCUAUACGAUGGCUACGGCUUUGGAAGGUAUAGUAUGAACAUGGAGCUCGAAUGCAGAGCAUUGGAUAUGAACGAUGUGGUCUGGUGUCCCUUUGAUGAACAUCUCCUGGCUGCCGGCUGCACCAGUGGUCGUGCCUACGUUUGGGAUCUUCGUUGGCCGAAUCAGUUUCUCAGAGAGCUGGCCCAUGGGCGCUCGCUGAUGCCCUUGGAUGACAUUAUUGAUCGAGAGAUCACAGACACUGGUAUCCGCUUCCUCUCCUGGGGCGAGAACGCAACAAGACUGUACACUGGGUCCUCCGAUGGCGUUGUCAAGGUUUGGAAUGUUGUCCGUUCAGAGGAAGAAACUUUCGUCAGAGAUCUCGUCACCGUGGAUUCCGGCAUCAUGUCAGGGGCUUUCAGUCCAGACAAGAGCAAGCUCAUCAUCGGGGAAGUCAACGGGUCUGUUAACGUCCUCGAAGUUGGGCGUGACGACUGCACGGUCAAGGAUGCAGAGAGGCUCAAAUACGUUCCUUACAAAGCAGCGUACGAGGAAGAAGUCGAGAACGAGCAAUGCGAAGCGCCCCUCGUUCCGGAAUCAGGGAUUGCCAUAGCCACCGAGCUUCUCCAAUCCGGGCAGAUAAUGAAUGUUCCUAUGGGAGGUCUUCCCAUCCGCCAGGCUGUUCAAGGGACGAACUAUGCCGGACCUUUCGAUAACAGCGUCGAUGCUCCGUUCUUACGGGAACAAGCUCUUGAGUUCCAAUACAGCCUAUCACACACGCCUGCUCCUCAGUGCACCAUCUCCUCUUGUGUGGACGGCAUUAUCAAGGUCACCAAUGAAGAGAUCGGUGACUCCGGAAGAAGCACAGAUCGCAUUCCCGACGAGCUCCGCCGGCAGUGGAGGGCUAUUGGUUCGGACAUGAAAAUUGUUUCCGGCAAGUCCAGGUGUGCGAACUGUGGACGCGCUGCUCGGCCGUCGAGCUCGGCUCCAGAAGACGGAAGGGUUCUCUGUGAACGGUGCUCGUUCACGUGCUUCAGAUGCGGAGGCGUCAACAAAAUCCAGCCUAGUACCGAGAGACUCGUCUGCGCUUUUUGCAAGCGGGCUUGGGAAAUUGGUGCUUUGGGGUAUGAGUGCGUGAAAGAGACGGGCAGCCGUAUCGAUAGCUCGGACGUGCCUUCGCUGAAUGGCUACGGAAAAGAUCUUUUCAUGGCGAAGCUGUCCGCGACUGAGCAGCUGGAAGACAACGUGUCUUUUGGCGAUGAAAUGAACGCUCUGACCGAUUACUAUUAUUCCCUGGCCAUUGGUCGGCCGGAGUCGCCUCCCCUUUAAGCGGUAAAGCUUUUAGAAGGAGUUUUGGGGAUGUGCUGGCAUCUUUCCGUGGUUUUCUUGGAUCUAUUGCGGCAUAUUUCAGCGUUAGAUAGCUUCACGAUACUUUUGAGAGCUCGAUGCGCCCUCUUGCAGCAUUUGCAUAGCGUGGAUAGCGUGGUGUUAGGCAUCUAUUGGGGACGGUACCGAGGCUGCUGCUUUUUGGCUCAUAAUGAUACCCUCCAUAUUAGCUAGUCAAAGGU